AAAUCCUUAUAACUGAGUAAAAGACCCCUCUGCAUUUACCCGUUGGUGUGUAUUGUCACACACCUUGUCCAUUGGGGAAACGUGUUGGAUUGCGUCAUCAGUCGACUGCGCAGGAAGCAAAGCGACUGAUGUUCUGAACGUGGCCUUUCCUUUUUCCUGCGCAUGCGCAGAAAGGCCGCCGAGCCAAAAUGACAGCUCUCUCCUCUUGUCUCUGUGGGAAGUCGACACAGCUGGUUGAUUUCUGGACAACUCAAAAUGGAAAGGAAUACAACAUUAUUCAGAUAUUUGCAUGGAAUGUAAUGACUAUAUAUUUAUAUAGUUUCUGAAAUAUUAAUGUUUUUGUUGUAGUAUCCGGUUAAUGUCUUCAUGUCAUUUGAGUUGACAGUGUCUUAGGUAGCUUGUUUGGGUUUUGUCUGUAAGCUAUCAGCAAGCUAACUGUUAGCUACACGUUAGCGUUUACGAGAAGGCCAGACUUGUCUUUAUUUUCUGUCAUAAUUCACAUGAACUAGUUAGCUACCCCUUUUACACAGGGAAUAAAUUAGCUAUUACAUACCGUCGUGUUUGCGCUGUUUUUUUGUUUAUUUUCAAACUCUUGAUUCUCUCUUAAGUGAUCGCAUUUAUUAUUAUUUAUUUUUUUUGGACAGUAAGGACGCAAGUAACGUUUUUAUUUUAUUUACUGUUUACUAGUCUUAGUUUCCUACCUUUUGGCUCUCGGACACUUUGUUGAUCUUUAUUUUAUGUAUUGAAGUAUCGGGUCAAAUUGCUUUUCCCCCACCAUGUUUCUGGAAGGCGGUGUGUUGCUUUGGGCCAGUUUCUACGGUACAAAACUCUAAAAAAAAAAACACAAAACCAACAAACAAGUGAUUUCAGUCCAUUUGACAACUCACAAUCAGCAUGUUUUUUUUUUUUGUUCUUCCCCUUCCGACGCGUUAGAUAUUAACAUUUAGCUACAUUAAAAACUCAGCGACCUCCAUUGAACUUGCUCUGUGUCAUUUUGGACAGCUUGUUGAGUUCCCUCUUACAUAUGAUCCGUUUGGUGUCUGGGGACAUCGAGUGAACCCGUCUGUGUCCCUUUUCGUUGCCACCAUGUCUUGUGUACAUUAUAAAUUCUCAUCUAAACUCAACUACGACACGGUCACUUUCGAUGGCCUGAACAUCACUCUGGCCGACCUGAAAAGACAGAUCAUGGGUCGAGAGAGACUCAAAGCUGUCGACUGCGGCCUACAAAUCACCAACGCACAAACUAAAGAAGAAUACAAAGACGACGAGGCCCUGAUAUCCAAGAACUCCUCUGUCAUCAUCAGAAGAAUACCCAUCGGAGGAGUCAAGGCUUCAAGCAAGAUGUAUAACAUUGAGCGUUUUUCAGAACAGAAUCACUUCCCCGUUCAGAACCUCCCCGUCGGAUCCUCCAAAGGAGAUCGUUCUUCAGAACACUGUCACUUUUCCAUUGGAUCCUCCAAAGGAAUUGAUGAUCAUGCUUCAUCAAUAUCACUGGCCCAACUUUCAAAGACGGCGAACCUGGCUGAGGCCAACGCAUCGGAGGACGACAAGAUCAGAGCCAUGAUGUCACAGUCCAACCACGACUACGACCCCAUACAUUAUGUAAAGAAGUUGACCGGUCCCCCUCCAGCCAACUACACCUGUUAUCGCUGUGGCAAGAACGGACAUCACAUCAGGAACUGUCCUACUAACGGGAAGGAGAAAGGGUUUGAGCCGCCCCAGAGGAUCAAGAAGAGUACCGGCAUCCCCCGUUCCUUCAUGAAGGAAGUGGACGACCCGUCUAUAAAGGGAGCCAUGUUGACCAACACCGGCCACUACGCCAUCCCUACGAUAGACGCUGAGGCCUACGCUUUAGGUAAGAAGGAGAGGCCUCCGUUCGUCCCCAGGGACCAGUCCAGUUCCGAGGAGGACGAGGAUCCAGUCCCUGAUGAGCUCCUCUGUCUGCUCUGUAAAGACCUGAUGACUGACGCUGUGGUCAUUCCCUGCUGUGGCAACUCCUACUGCGACGACUGUAUCCGUACGUCUCUCCUGGAGUCAGAGGAACAUGUGUGUCCCACCUGUAGCCAAUCGAAUGUCUCCCCUGAUGCUCUCAUAGCCAAUAAGUUCCUGCGCCAGGCGGUAAAUAACUUUAAGAAUGAGACCGGUUACACCAAACGCAUGAUGACGAGAGUAGCCCAGCCCCCCGUCGUCCCUACCCCUCCUCUUCAGCCUCAGUCCCGCCCUCAGUGCCCGCUCCAGCCUAUCAGGAGCCAGCAGGACCCUCUCAUGCCCCGCCCUCCAGCCUUAGACACGCCACCAUUGGCUCAGCAGCAGGUUGGCCCGCCCCUCAGAGUCGGGAACCAUAAUAACUCCUCCCACAUGGCUGCUGGCUCCUCCUAUAACUCAACGGGCCCCUCCUCCCAGCACCCAACCAAUCACAACAACACGCUUAUGCUAAAAGAGCCAGAGAGUGGAGGAGUUCAGUCUGUGGUGGUCUCAGCCGAUCCCCCUCUAGCCACUGCCCCCAUGACCAAGGAAUACCAUGUUCCAGUGAUGAGCCAACCCCAGUCUGACAGUCACUCCCUGCAGAGGACAGGUCCUCCUCCCAGACUUUCUGAAGGACCAGCCCAUUGGGACAGCCCCUCCGGUCGUGGCAGGAACCAUAGCGACCGCGCCCCUCCCUCCCAGCCUCCGCCCACCAACGUGCCACCCCUUCUCUACAACCCUCCCUCCAUUUUCUCCUCUCCUCUUCCCCAUCCCCCAGGUGUCAUACCCCCCCACUACCCCCCUCCCCACUUCCCCCCGGGGCAACAGCCCCCCUCCAGCUACUCCCUGCCCCCUCCUGGAUACCCCCCUACCCCAGGAGUCACCAACCCCCCCUGGGCGCCCCCCAACACCCAGCCCCCCCUCACCGGGAAGCCAAUCCCCUCCUCUUCCUUCCUGUCCAAGGAUGAGUUCUACAGACAACAGAAGAGGCUGAAGGAUAACUCCGACUGUCGCUACGGUAACCGGGAAAAGUCCAAGCUGGAUGAGUUCACCAACGACUUUGCCAAGGAGCUGCUGGAGUACAGAAAGAUCCAGAAGGAGAGGAGACGCUCUUAUUCCAGGUCUAGGUCGUCCUACAGUAGCUCAUCCUACUCCAAAUCCCGUUCCCGUUCUCGUUCGUACUCCCGUUCCUCCAGUCGAUCCAGAUCCCGUUCCAGAUCCCGUUCCAGAUCCCGUUCCAGGUCUUACUCCCGCUCCUCUCCGUACUCCCGCCGCCACGGACGACCUCGCGGCUACCGCUCCCGUUCCCGUGGCUACCGCCGAUCACGCUCGCCGCCGCCUUUCAGGGACGGUGGAGGGGCGGGACGGGGGAGAGGACGGGGACGAGGUUACCGGUCGCGCUCUAGAUCACCUGGCCAAGGGGGGUACCGGACCCACACUCCUCCACCCCCAAGCUCCCGGAAGCCUGCCGCUGCUGGAGCGCCACCGGAGGGUGAGAGGAAGUACCCGGGCCGGACCCGGGAGAGGGAUUGGGAGCCGGCAGUGUACGAACGGGGUCCAGAGCACAAAGACCCGUACGAGAGGGAGAGGUACCGGGAGUGGGAGAAGGAGUACAGAGAAUGGUAUGAGAAAUACUUCAAAAACUACAACUCCCACAACCCUCCUCCCAAUAACCCCCCCGCCUACAGGGUCCGACCCCCGCUUGGUUUCGCCCCCGCCCCUGUGGCACCCCCAGCCGGACGAGACAGAGACCCCUACAACCCUCCUCCACCCUCGGACUUCUACCCCUCCCCCCGACACCGCCUGGACCGUGGAUCCUCCCCCUUCAGUCGAGGGAGGAGGCGAGGUGAGGGCUUUCCCCCUCCCCCCUCACACCCCUCCCCCAGGGGCAGGAACCAGCCAAUGACUUACCAGGAGAAGUGUGCUGAGCAGUUUGGAACUCUGCCGCUGUCCCGGUCAGCCAAUCAGGAUCAUCAGACGCCACUGAAGGUCGCAAAGGGUGACAGAGAUCCGUCGUCGAGCGUCGCCUCUCCCGCGGUCACUGUGACCUCCGACCUGAAAGAGCAGAAGCACAGGAAGAGGAAGAAGAGGAAGACUGAGCAGGGGAGAGGGGGAGGGGAGUCCUUCAGUGCUUCUGACUCUACGGACGACGCUCGGAAAGAAGAGAAGGAGGAGAAGAAGAAGAAGAGAACCGGGAGUACUCCCGUUGGUUCGUCAAGCCAUGACGACUCCACCCCAGUACGGGACGAGCCAAUAGACAGCGACGCCUCAGACUCAGUCCCGGACAAAGCUGAUAGGUGGACCAGGGACAGUAAGGAGGAGGAAGUGAGGAGAAAGAGUGACAGAGUUUAUAAACGCGGACCGGACUCCAGCGUAGCGAGAAAAGACUCAUCGUCCAAGAGCUGGAAGACCGUUAGAGAGACAGACCGGGAUCAGACCGGUACAGCCCGGGAUCAGACCGGUACAGACGGUUUAGCCUACCAGAAGACUUCUCUAACAGAACCGUCAGCCAAACGGGUCAAAGAUGAAUCUAUUCCCUUCCAACCAGACUCUUGCACCUCCCCCCAGAGAGAGAUGGAACUCCAACACCCUGCACCCCUAGCAUCAGCUCCCAAACUACCUCCUCCUAAACCCCACGCAGACCAGCUUGACACAAUCAGAAUCAACCCAGACCCAUUCAAACCGGUUAGAACCGACCCAGACCAGUUUAAACCUGUCAGAACUGACCCAGACCAGUUUAAACCUGUCAGAACCGACCCAGACCAGUUUAAACCUGUCAGAACCGACUCAGACCAGUUCAACACAGUUAGAACCGACCCAGACCAGUUUAAACCGGUUAGAACCGGCCCGGAUCAGUUUAAACCAUUCAGAACCGACCUGGACCAUUCCAGACCAGCCAAGGAAGAGCAGAGAGGGAAGAGAGAUCCAGGGUUUCGGCAGGACAGGGGCUCAGGGAGAGAGGACAAGCCCAGGAGAGAGGCUGACAUCAGGGUGGGCAGAGAACAGGAGAGAGACCCUGGCAAAGCUCCAGACACCAAGUCUGAGAAGAGGAGGAGGAGGAGGAAGGAGGAGGAGGAGAAGAGUAUGUCUGAAAAGGAGAUGGAGGUGCCCCGAAUCAAAUCACCCGGAGUGGAGCUCGCCGAGACCGUAAAACCCCCCUGCAACCUCAAACGUGACGUCGAGGAGGAGAGGGAGAGGGCUUCCGUAAGGCCUCUGAUGGAGAGCGGGACGAAAGGAGGAGAACCUCAGAGGAAGAUUAAGACCAACAGAGAAGAAGGGAGGAGGGCCGGCAAGCUUGCGGGCGUGGCCGGAACAGAGGCAGCCAAUCAGAGCAGCUAUAUAAAGGGAAGCGUGGAGAGGAGCAAAGCCAAGAGGAACCGUAAGGUCCUAGUGUCCGACGGACCGGGAGCCACCGUGGACUACACCAGUCCCCCAGGGGGCAGUAGUCAUGUGUGUGGCGAUGGAUCAGAGGGCAGAGCAGAGCAAAGGAAGACUGUCGUUAAAACACUGGAGGAAUACACCAAUGACAGCUCGGCACCUGCUGACGGACACAUAGUACUCAUACAGGUCCCUCGCUCCAAGUGGGAGAAGGAGGACUACGAAUCAGAGGAAGAGGAAGGAGGAGGGGUCAGGGUUCAACUCCGCCCUUUGCUCACCCCCUCCCUCCCUUUCCCCCCUGGACCCCACAUCACCGUGACGACGGAGACGGAGGCAGGGCGAAGGAAAGAGAGGGACUGUACCUUUCCCAAGCCAGAGAGAACUAUGUCCCCCUCUAGUGGAAGAGACAGAGAAGACAGCCUGCAGGGUGGAAAACACUCCGGAGACCCCAUCCCUUCUGAGAAAGACGGAGAGACGGAGAGAAAGAGAGAUCAGUUAAAGGAAAAGGAGCAGGAGAGGGAAAGAGAUAACGAACGGGACAGAGAGCGAGCGAAAGAGAGAGAAAGAGAGAGGGAACACAGCCGUGCUUCUGACAAAGAUAUGGACAGACCGAGAAAGAUUCCCUCUUCCUCUCAGCGGCCGGAGAGGAGAGAGAGAGGAGGAGAGAGGACUGGGGAGAGAGGGAUCGACCACGUCAGUGAGAAGAGCUCCUCUCAGCGGCCGGAGAGGAGAGAGAGAGAAGGAGAGAGGACUGGGGAAAGAGGGAUCGACCACGUCAGUGAGAAGAGCUCCUCUCAGCGGCCGGAGAGGAGAGAGAGAGAAGGAGAGAGGACUGGGGAAAGAGGGAUCGACCACGUCAGUGAGAAGAGCUCCUCUCAGCGGCCGGAGCGAGAGAGGAGAGAGAGAGAAGGAGAGAGGACUGGGGAGAGAGGGAGCGACCACGUCAGUGAGAAGAGCUCCUCUCAGCGGCCGGAGCGAGAGAGGAGAGAGAGAGAAGGAGAGAGGACUGGGGAGAGAGGGAGCGACCACAUCAGUGAGAAGAGCUCCUCUCAGCGGCCGGAGCGAGAGAGAAGAGAGAGAGGAGGAGAGAGGACUGGGGAGAGAGGGAGCGACCAUAUCAGUGAGAAGAGCUCCUCUCAGCGGCCGGAGCGAGAGAGAGGAGGAGAGAGGACUGGGGAGAGAGGGAGCGACCACAGCAGCGAAAAGAGCUCCUCUUCCUCCUCACACUCUUACUCACGAGAUCGUAAACCUUUUUCUUCUUCCAGGGACCACAAAGCGACCUCUGACCCCAGAGCCAGGGAGCACAGAGACCACAAACAUAAAGACCACAACGACCAGAACUCCUCCACCGUUGACCGUAACACCAACUCUACUGACCGUAGACCACUAGACGACCAGGAGACCACCAGAGAACACAGAGACCGCCUCGAACCCAAACACAAAGACCACAGAGAGCUAGGCAGUGCCUCUCCCGUCUCCAAGAGAGCCCCACCUCCAUCGGACCCCUCCUCCUCCAGCACCCAGAGAUCUCAGGGAAGCUCUGAGCCCACCAGACCUAGCGAAAGCAGCCCUGGCAGGGACACGACGCAGGACAGAUACCCCUCUCCUCAGGUCUCCAUCUCCGUGGAGAACCAGCCCGGGAGGGGGAAGGCUGAGGGAGAAGAGCCCAGAGUGGAGCACUCCUCAGCGGGGAGACAGAGCCAACAGGCCAGCCUAGGAAACCUAGAGAAGGAGAUGAGUGGUGGAAAGCCCCACCAACACCCAGCCUCACUCCUACAGCCCCCCAGGACUGACAACAGGGCAGGGGUGCCCCGAGCUGUCAGAGAGAGAGAGAGAAAGAAAGAGAGAGAGAGGCAGAUGCAAAAGAUGAGGGAGAAGAUGGAGAAGGAGAGAGAUGAGGAGGGAGAUAAAGAGGUCGAUAGGGAGAAGGAGAGAGAGAGAGGAUCUCCUCCCUCGGCCCCUUCUUCCAGACCUCCUCCCUCGAUCUCCUCCCUCUGCCCCUUCUUCCAGACCUCCUCCCUCGGUCCCUUCUUCCAGAUCUCCUCCCUCGGUCCCUUCUUCCAGAUCUCCUCCCUCGGUCCCUUCUUCCAGAUCUCCUCCCUCGGUCCCUUCUUCCAGAUCUCCUCCCUCGGUCCCUUCUUCCAGAUCUCCUCCCUCGGUCCCUUCUUCCAGACCUCCUCCUGA